AUGAUCUCCUGCAGUGUCCAACCGCGCGUCGCCGGUGGCAACCGCUCCUUCAGCGAGGGGUUCAGGUUACCCCAGAAGAAGACCACCAAGGCCGAGUCUGGGAAGUCGGAGAUGUUUGCCAGCUCAAGGAAGUCCCGGACGUGGUGUUCUACCGAUGCCAUGCUGCUGGUUGCUGAUAGACUUGAAGGGCCCUUUAAUUUUGAAGCUGUCAUGGAGCCAAUCGAUGUGAAAAUCUCUGAAGCCAUCAUGACCCUGCAGGACAACAGUAUGCAAGUUUCUUCCAAGGUAUUCCAAGUAUGCGGUCAUCCCAAGCCAGCUAGAAUUGGCCGGUCUGUCCGUGGGAUCUCGGAUAUGUUCAACAGUCGAUUCAGACCAUUCAGCCCAGAAGAGAGGCCCACCACGGCAGCUGGCACCAGCCUGGAUAGACUGAGGAUUGUUUGGAGAACGAUGCAACAUAGCGUGAUCGACAUUAAGGAUAAGCUGAAGGAGUCGAAGAAAUUCUGGUCGUCGUUGUCAGACAGCAUCUGUGCAGAGGACAAAGUGACUGACCCAGAUGAGGAACAGUGUUGGAACAGUCACACAAAGGGAAGAUAUUUUCCAGAAGUUGUUAAAGAUGGCCUAACAAACCAGCUGAAUAACCCAGAGGUAGAGGUGGACAUCACAAGACCAGAUACUUUUAUAAGACAACAGAUCAUGACACUGCGAGUGAUGACCAACAAGUUACGAAACGCAUACAAUGGCAAAGAUGUCUACUUCCAAGACUCAAGUGAUGAGGAGAGCGGUUCUGGCAGUGGAAGUGGUUUUACGACAGAACCGGAAGUGGUGCACACAGAACCUCCGAUUGUGGAAGAGGACAUAAGUGACCCUCAACCAGCAGCAGAUGCAGCCCAUCAGCAAAACCCUAAUUUGCAGUUACUAUUAGCUGUAAUCACACUCACAUUGCUGUUGUUGCAUUGGAGAUAAUGGCAGGCAAACAGCCACACAGACAUUUAAGACAGAUGCAGUGUCGUUCACAGUGCGCUGUUAGCCUUUCUUUAACUGAGCUGGACAUUUUUCAAAAAAGAGAAAAUGCCCUUGAAAGAAAAAUGGAGAACAAGAUAGCUUGCUAGAUGUAAGGAGCGAAAAUGAGAGAGAGUUUAAUAAACAAGUCUGCGCAAACUUUUGCAUCCUGUUCCAAAAAAUGCUUGGUGCAAUCACAAAGCAGCUUCUCUUUUGGUUGAACUGCUCUCAUUUCGAAUGUCAUUAAAGUUGAAGUGUGUAAUUUUUACGCUGUUACAAUUCUUAUCGUAUCCUAGUUUGAUAUGCAGAGGCAACUAUAAGUAAGCCAUUUGUUGGUUAAUUUCCACACAAAGUGUGUAAACUAUGGCGCUAUUAAGAUAUUGCUCUGUUUGUUUGAACACAACAACCUGCCCGACAUGGCAACAUUUCGUGAGCUUAGAAUUAUACGGUUCUAUCUCCACUUUUGGUCGAAAUUGAGUUUUUGACAUAAUCUUAUCCAUUAGGUGUUUAUUAAUGCCUGUGUGGUGUUAUUUUUGUAAAAAAAUAUAUUUUUUUAGUAGUUAUUAAUAAAAUAAAAAAGUUCCAUCUCACAAAACAUAAACCCAGUUGGGAUUAUAAGGUUCUAUCUCCAGUAGAUUCAAUAUCCAAUCAAAAACCUGAAUGAACACGGACGGACCAAUCAAAACCCACCUCUUAGGUCUGUAGCCUGGACACAGAGAUAAGGGCUGGACAUUAGCCUGGACAUUUGAAGCCGGUGAUGGCGCCCAAAAGACAUAAAUGUACAGACGCCAGCACUAGAAGAGAUCGGUAAGUUGAAGCACAUAUCAUUAGCUAGCUAAUGUAAACCAGCUUGUUUGCCAUUAGCGAACGUUAGCAUUAAUUUGCUAGCGAACGUUAACAUUAGCUUACUAGCUCACCAACAGCUCGCCUACAGUUUUGCACCUGUAAAUCUAUGUAUGUGACAAAUAAACAUCCUUGUAUCCUUGUAGAUGGGCAACUGCAACUUGGCUAACACCAAUUUCUAACUUUACUCCCCUUUAGGGUGACCACCACCAAACAACCCAAAUGUGGGACGAUUAUAAGUUUGUGUGGGACAUGUUAACUUACCAACAUUAAAACAUAACCUGGAAUGGUUAUAUAAAUGUCUAUCUAACUUUAAAAAAAACAUUUGUAUUCUGGGGAUGUCAAGGGAUUUACAACAAUACAUUAUUGAUUAGAAGUGUGUUUAGAAUGUUUUUAAUGAAAUAAAUGAACACUGUUUUUAAUGUUUCAGAGCA